UGUACUCCAAACUGGGCAACAGAGCAAUAAAAAAAUUAUUGAGUACAAUGGUCUUGAAACAGACACACAAAUUUAACAUUUCAUAGUGAAACAUCCUAAAGCCAUAUAGGAGAUGGGUUUCUUACCACAAAGUAUUAGGAAAAUCAUUCAUUUCAUUCAGAAAGAAAGUCUAGUUGUAGCCAUACCGUACACUGAAAUGAACUGUAGUUAAUUGCCUGAUUUUACAUUUCUUUUGUUAUCUAUUAGAAAUCUAUUAUCACGAAUUCAUCUUCUGAAUGUCUGCAGACAUGCCAAUCUCUCAAUAUGGGCACACGUGGCAAGAAUCUAAGUCCCCGCGUCCUUUCAUUUCCUUGAGAACAUCGCUGCUGGAACCCAGCGUCUUCCUGUUAGAAUUUGGCCUCAUGCACAGCUGUCACCUCCAGGGCCCUUGAGGCGCCUUGGGUGCAAAAUUUAAGAAGGUGCUCACUCUCAGGGCUAUGCAAGUGAUGGGCCAGUACUUGCAUGGCCCGAGAGUGAGUUUCUUGCUCAGUGUUGUGUCCUGGGCACCUUGCUCACUUCUCGCUAAUCCUGGCGCUGCUUGCUGCCUUCCUUUGUUGGGUCCUUUUUUCCCCGGAUCCUAUGCCUUCCUCUUUCUUGGUUUACUUCCUCAUUUUGGUGAAGCACAUUCUCCAGUAGUUUUCUGAGACAGGAACAUGGGAGACAAAUUAUCUGAGACUGUGUAUCUGAAAUUGCCUUUAUUCGACUUCUAUACUUGAUUAAUAAUUUGGCUGCAUAUAUAAUAUCUUAGCUGUGCUAGUGUAAGUAUUUGAGUCUAGAGUCUGUUUGGUUCAAUUUUUCAGGGAUAAUCCUCCUAUCAUCUAGUUGUGUAGGGGAGGAGAGGGAGCCUGGGGUUCUAACUAAUUCCUUGGCAGACUUUCAACCAAUCUCCCAGUUUUUCUAGCCCUGUGCCUGAUCCCUGCUUCUUGUGACACCUGAUGCCUCCAAAUUUUGAGUCUUUCCUAGAUUCUUCAGUGCAAACAGGCUCACUUCUUGUAGGCAUCCCCCUUGCAGGUAACUAGAUUUUAAUUUUUUUUUUCUAAGUCAGUUACCCCUUCCUCCAUCUGCUUUCCUACAUGCAAAUGUUUUGCUGAUCUCUUAUCUGCUGUUGGCAUCUCAUUAAUUCUCUUUCUCCUUGUGUAUCUGUGUUAAAAAAAACAUUUUAAUGAUGAUUUUCAUGGAGCUCGAGCAAGAACUCAAGGCAAAAGCUUGUGUUCAACAUGCGAUGUUCAAUUAGAAGUGUUCUGUCUUUUCUAACCUUUUAUUGACCCACUUUCCCAAACAAUCUUACCUACAGCUGCCUUAAAAAUUGAGUCCAGUCAUCAUUCUGAGUGUGGCUCCCUAUGACUCAUCUCUAGUAACUCUUCCUAACUAUGUUAACCUACAGUGUUCCUCUCUUAUUGCCCAGUACCUUACUCAAUUCCGGUUUGUAUUUUUCUUUGUUUGCUACCUUGUGUGCUCCCAACCGGGCUAAAGAUAGGUCUUGGCUUUCUUUGGUAUUCCCUUCACUGAUGCCUCAGAGAGAAGAUAUGGAGAGGAGGAUGUGAAGUGGGGGAAAACUGUUCCAGGAUUCCCCACCUCUGGUAGCCCACCACUGGUUCACUGCCAUUGAACACACUGCAGGCAGAGCCCAGUGCAGUGCUGGAGCAGGGCCCAGGAAGGAGAGGGCUUACAGUGUGAAGCUCAGCUGGGGAGGAAGACACCUUGCCUUCUAGAUCUGAAUCAGGUUCCCAAGGCCAGAUAGGAGAGGGGGCUGGAGACAUGGGCAGGUGGGGCCAGGUGCUGGGAUGAAGAAGUGAGAGUGUUGAGUGGGUAUGGGUGAGAGAGAGUGUGCGUGACCUUGGGGUGGACAGAACUCCGGAAAGAGGGUAAGCCUGAUGGACUGCUUGAAAUUCAUUAACUUUGGGCUGGGCUUCCUGCAGUAAUGACUUCGAUGGUUGUGAACCUCUACCUGGUGGUAUUCACACAAUACUGGUUUGUCACUGUGCUUAUACUCACCUGGCUGGUUUUUGACUGGAAGACUCCUGAGCGAGGUGGCCGCCGGUAUGCCUGUGUGAGGAACUGGAGCCUGUGGAAACACUACUGCGAUUACUUCCCUCUCAAGCUUCUGAAGACUCAUGACAUCUCCCCCAACCGCAACUACAUUGUCGUCUGCCACCCUCAUGGGAUCUUGGCCCAUACAUGGUUUGGCCACUUUUCCUCAGAGGGCUCAGGCUUCUCCAGGAUGUUUCCUGGUAUCACCCCUUACACACUCACACUGGGCGCCCUUUUCUGGAUGCCUUUCCUCAGAGACUAUGUAAUGGCUACAGGGGCCUGCUCUGUGAGUGAAUCCUCCAUGGACUUUCUGCUGACUCAUAAAGGCACAGGCAACAUGCUCAUUGUGGUGGUUGGUGGCCUGGCUGAGUGCAGAUACAGCCUGCCAGGCUCCUGCACCCUGGUCUUGAAGAACCGGUCUGGCUUUGUGCGCGUGGCCCUUCGGCAUGGGGUGGCUCUGAUACCUACCUAUGCGUUUGGAGAGGCAGACCUCUAUGAUCAGCACAUUUUCACUCCUGGGGGCUUUGUCAACCGCUUCCAGAAGUGGUUCCAGAGUCUGGUACACAUCUACCCUUGUGCUUUCUACGGACGUGGCUUCACCAAGAACUCCCGGGGCCUUUUGCCCUAUGCUCUGCCUGUAACCACCAUCGUCGGGGAGCCUCUACAAAUGCCCAAGAUUGAGAAUCCGAGCCCGGAGAUUGUGGCUAAAUACCACGCACUCUAUAUCGAAGCCUUAUGUAAACUGUUUGACCAGCAUAAGACCAAGUUUGGCAUCUCAGAGACCCAGAAGCUGGAGAUAAUUUGACAGACAUCCCCAGCAGCCUUCAACCUGGCUGGAAGCUACAGGAGAGACAGUCCCAAGAAACAGGGAAGAGCCUACGGCAGAGGGGCACAGAAGGCACUUUGGAACCAGCAUUGAGGAAAACAAUGGACAAAAUAAAAAG